AUGGAAGACAAACAUAAGGAAUGCCCCGAGGAAUGCAAAGAAGCUGUGCAAUCUCUAAUAUAUGCUGCAGCAAGAUUUUCUGAAUUUCCAGAGCUACGAGAUCUUCGGUCUGAAUUCAUUAAUAGAUAUGGACCUCCUCUUGAAGCGUUAGUUAAUAAAGAGUUUGUUGACAUGUUGAAGCCGAAGUACUCUAUCAUAGAAGAGAUGAAGGUUCAAUUAAUGCACGACAUAGCACAAGAGUUCUCCAUAGAAUGGAAUUCAAAGUCUUUGGAACAGAAACUUUUCAAACCACCUCCCCCUCAACAAGACCAGCGUAGGCAUGAACAUAAUGAUGAAUAUGAGCCGAAGAAGAGCAAGGAUGAUGCUUUUACGAAAAGGAACAGCUUGAAUGAUGAUGACGGAUACAAAUGGGUAAAGAACAAGGAUGAUGCUUGCACAAAAAGAGACAGCCAUGACUUGGCCAACAAAGUACAUGACAAGAGGGAGCAUACCUUCCGGGAAAGAGAUGAUGAAAGGAUUUUCACUUAUCGAGGAAGAAAGAAUGUCAAUGAUGAAAAAUACAAACUGCAAAGCAGCAGUGAAGAUGAAGUGUUUUCAGUCAGCAGGAGAGACAGCACUGACCAAGAUAGCCUACUAGCUAGUUCAAGUUCAGUAGGAAGUGUUUCAGAAGAUGAAGUAGAUAGCAAGAAGCCCAUUCCCUAUAGAUUUAUUCCUCCCCCUUACCGCAGAACAACAAUUGAGAAAGAAAGCAAGAUCGAAGAAACCCUACAACCAAAUGAUAAAAUUGCUGCAGAGGAAGCUAAUCAUCCAGAUGACUGGACCAAGGAAACCAAGCCCAAACCGAGAUCAGUCAGAAGUAGACCAUUGAAGCCACAACCAGGACACGAAUAUUUUGGCAGUAUUGAAAGACCGUUGAAGCCACCGCCAGGUCGUGAAAGGGUUGGCAGCAUUGAAAGCGACGAGUCUGCCAGGACUAAAUCAAGUGCAAUGAAGCAAGAAGAGCCUAGACGAGGUUCUAGAAUCCUAAAAACAGAUGAUGAUGAAAGGGAUGAAAAAGAAAAGGUAAUGGAUGGACUUUUGAUGCAUUACGGUAAGAAAGAUUCACCUCAUGAACCGAGCAAAUCGAGUCCUUGUAUAAAACCUCCUUCUUCAAGCCAAGCAAUUGAUGAUGCUGGUAAAACCUCAAGGCUCAGAAGUGUAACAUCCGAAUUAACUCUUCCAACUGGCAGAACAUCAAGCCUGCGAGAACCAGGAACAACAAGGCUUGGUCGAGCUGUUUCAGCAGAGCCGGAUAUAAUGACUGGUCGUGUGCAUCCCUCCCUCCCAGAUUAUGAUGAAUUGGCAGCUCGGAUUGCAGCUUUUAAGGGAAGAUAAAAAGACGGCAUUAGGUUAUUAGAUAGCUCACUUAGCAUUCUUUCUAUUCUUUAAAAUGCACGAAGGGAAAAAAGCAAGAAAGAAGAAGAUCAUUUGAUUCCUUAAUAUUACUCAAAAACAUGUCCAAAAACUACAUUGAUGACUAUGUAGAUAGCUUUUCUUUAUGUUGAAGGAAGGUUGAGUCUUGACAAAUUACGUGUUUAUUUAUUUUUAUUUUUUAAAACCA